UCUCUCUCUCUCUCUCUCUCUCUGCCCCCACCGCCCCCUGUGUUUAUGCAUUCUUAUUUAUGUACGUGCGCGUAUAAGAAAACUAAUUCUUUCAACAAAGUUCCGUUAUAAUCGUCUAGAUUUUUAGAUCGAUUUAAUUAAACUAAAGAGCCAAAGUUCGGCCUAGCGAAUCGUCGAUCGACGAGAGGAGAACGUCCGAGGGCUUUACUUCUUUAACUCUCUCGUUGACGAUGAUUUCACGAGCAACGGAGAAGAAACGUGCAAGAGAGAAAGUUCCGAGUCGAAUGUGAAGAGAUAAUAAUAAUAUAAAAAGGGACGAUCUCGAGCGAUUCGCCUUUUUGCUGCCUUUCGAAGGAUAUUCACAACGUAACCGUUCCUACGUGAUAUUAUAUAUACAAAUAUAUAUAUUAUCGUAUCAUCGUCGACUUUUCGAGCGGGAAAAAUCGAAUUUUUCAACUGGGAUGGCGGACUUUGAUGCGAUUUACGAAGAGGAAGAGGAGAACGAACAAAAUUUGGAGGAGCAUUAUGUGACGAUGGUGCCUGACCCUAUAAUUAUUCGUGGCGCUGGAAAUAUGACAGUGUUUGGGCUUAGCAAUCGUUUCGAGUCAGAGUUUCCCAGUGGCCUGGUAUCGAGAGUAGCGCCGGAGGAAUUCAAGGCAACUGUUAUGAGAAUAAACAGUGUAUUGAAAAAGACAUUACCGGUUAACGUUAAAUGGUUAUUCUGCGGUUGUGUAUGCUGCUGCUGUACCUUGGGAUGCUCUUUGUGGCCGGUUAUUUGUCUGAGUAAAAGGACGCAACAUUUGCUUAAUAAAUUGUUGGAAUGGGAGAACGGUAGACUGUAUCAUAAACUUGGAUUACAUUGGCGAUUAACUAAACAAAGAUGCGAUAGCUCCUCCAUGAUGGAAUACGUACUUUUAAUCGAAUUUAUUCCAAAAAUACCAAUCUAUAGACCGGAUUAAAAAUUUGAACAUAAGUAACAAUUAUGACUCGUACAAUCGACGAGGAUAGGAUAUGUGUGUGUGGGUGCGUGCGUGCGUGUAUGUGUAUAACAAAGGCACUCGAGUAGCCAGAUUCGUUAUAUGUAAUUUUAUAGAGCGGAGAAAGGCAGUAGGUAUCGCAGUAAUGCCAUAGAUGUUUGGUGGAAUGCAUAUUUUUGUAAAUAUUACGCGUAGGAGGCAAUACACGGUAAAAUGAUAAGAUAGGUAUACGGAAAUAGCAGAUAGUCGUCGAUUAACGGCGCGAUGUUGCAUCGUCGAUGGUGCGAUAUAUAGAGAAGAUGCACGAGUUAAACGUAUUCCAACGUAUUUGAUGUUACUUGAUUUCGUCAUUGACGAAAAAUGUAGCGUAAAUUGAGAUCCGUCUGUGCGUUUUAUUACCAUUGAUAGAUAUCUUAGAGUACGAUCGAAAUACGAGCCAUUUACACUCCCAUCUUUCAUAAUAAUAUGAAAGAAUCAUGUUGUUGAUAUCUAUCCAUUGACGAAUCGACGAGAAGAGAUGAUAAGGUAUUUUUCGUUUAUGCAAAAAUAUGUUCACCGAUCCUUCUUCGUAUAAGCACUACUAUCGCGGGUAUAAUGCGUAAGCGUUUAUUAUUAUUAUUAUUAUUAUUAUUAUUAUUAUUAUUAUUAUUUCAAAUUUUUUAUCUACUCUUACUUACUUGAUAUUGUUUUGAUAUCGAGGACCUAUCGGCUAAUAAUUAGUAUUUGAAUUCUCAGGUAAGAAAUUAAUCUCAAUCAGUACAACGAACAUAUUAAAUUUUAGGAAAAAAUAAUGUAAAAAGUGAAAAUGACUCUAUAGACAAUUUUGUGUAAUUGCAAAAUGUAUCGGAUUAAGCGUAACUUGUACAUAUGACUGUGUAUACGUAUAGAUUUACAUUACGUAUGGGUUUAAUUUCUUACCACGGUGAUAUAUGAGAAAUUACGCUAUCUAUGUACAGCUUAAAAAUUAAUUUCAAAUGCAAUUUUAACGAACUAUUACAAAAUGAAUUUUCUUAUAGUAUAGAAAAUUGAUAUGCUUAUGCGCUUAACUUGGUAUUGCUUACCAUCGAAAAUGUGAAAAAUGUUGAUUAAUUAACGAUAAGGACAGUCAUUUACAAUUGACGUUGGCACAAAGCUUUAGAAGAAUAAAUAUUGAUCGUUUCUUCUUCGUAUUACUGUCGUAAUCAACAACGUUGUCAUCCUAAACAAUAUCGAUAGACUCCACUUCUGUGAAUAGGAGCGAUGUACCCGGGCGUGUAUAUCCCUCUCUCAGGUUUUAUUUCUUUUCUUUUCUUUUCUUUUCUUUUUUUUUCUUUUUUUUUUUUUUGCUUUUUUCCUUUUUUCUUCUUUUCUUUUUUGCUUCUUUUUCUCUCUCUCUCUCUCUCCCAUCAAAAGCGACGAUUACAACGCAAUUAGUUUUGCUAUAGAAAUAAUGACAGAAUACAAAGUGAAACUUGUAAUUCGUACACAUAAUAGAUACCUUUGUUGCUAAUUCAGUGGCUGUGAAUGAAAAAGAAAGAAAAAAAGAAUAUUUUUCCAAUUGUAAUGUACACUUUAAAUAUACGCAUUUACCAACAAUUUCAUGACACACUUGUAUGAAAUGAAUAAUGCUAAUUGUCAAAUGCUAGUCACAAUUUUCUGCAUUGGAUAACUAACUAUUUUUUUGAAAUUUGUAUUUAAUAUCACGAUACAAUAAAGGUUCGAUAAGAGUCCGAUA